AUGGAAUCACAAAUUGGUUUUCAUGUUAUUAAAACACUCCGGAGUUCAUCAACGGUAUCCACUAAAGACUCUGAAGGACUUUUUGAUUGUGAUACAUCAUUAUUUAAUGUGCCUAAUGAUUUUGCUUUGGCUGUUAAUAAUAAUUCAAAUAUAGGAAAUAUUCGCUAUAAAAAAACAAGAAAACAUGGGCGAAUAAUAUUUGUUCGAUCACCAUCAUUAUCAUGGUCAUCACAUUCGUCAACAAAUGAUUCAACAACACCGAUAAGUUCAAGUGAUAUCAGUCAAUCUGAUGUUGAAAAAUUGUUAACAGCAUCAUGGAUGAGCCCAAAAAAUGAAGAGUAUGGUCAAAUGUUGUAUGAUGAUCACACACCAUUACGACGUACAUUGGGUAAUACAAAAUUGAAAACACGUCAAGAUGUGAGACGCUUUAAAAAAUUUUUAAAGCGGAAAUAUGAUGAACCGGUAACAUUAAUUCGGAUAGAUCCAGAAAAAAUGCGUGAUUAUUUACUAGAUUAUUUGUGUUCGAUACGUACAAGAAAAGGUCAAAAAUAUGAUCCAGAAACAUUACGUAGUUAUUAUUUAUCCAUUCAACGUUUUCUAAAAGAUUCAUCUUACCCAUAUUGUUUGCGUAAUUCAUCAUAUUUUGCGCCAUGUCGAGAAUUAAUUAUUCGAAUGAGAAGAGAAAAAAAUAUCGAAAAAAUACAGCAUCAAAGUUAA